AGGAUAAAACCUGGGGCGACCUGCAGGGAACCCGACACUACAGCCACCUGUCCUGCCAGUCCCAGCCAGCACAGCCUUGGAGAUGGUCAGCAGCCUCGCUGGGGCUCCACCCCUAGCGGUGAUUUCCAGACCUCCCCCCGCACUGGGUGGGGACCAGUUCAGGAUCGCAAUCUUUCUGGCGCUGCUGACUUCCACAGCUACCCUCGGUGCUGCCCACAUCCCUGGAGAGUUGUCUCCAGACUGUGGCAAGCCUCAGCAGCUGAACCGCGUCGUGGGUGGCGAGGACAGCGUGGAUGCCCAGUGGCCUUGGAUUGUUAGCAUCCUCAAAAAUGGCUCCCACCACUGUGCAGGCUCCUUGCUCACCAACCGCUGGGUGGUCACAGCUGCGCACUGCUUCAAGAGCAGCGUGGACAAGCCAUCUCUGUUCUCAGUAUUAUUGGGGGCCUGGCAGCUGGAAAACCCAGGCCUAAGGUCCCAGCGAGUGGGUAUUGCUUGGGUGCUGCCCCACCCUAAGUAUUCUUGGAAGGAGGGAACCCGUGCAGACAUUGCCCUGGUGCGCCUGGAACACUCUAUCCAAUUCUCUGAGCGGAUCCUGCCCAUCUGCCUGCCUGACUCUUCCGUACGGCUCCCUCCCAACACUGACUGCUGGAUUGCAGGCUGGGGCAGCAUCCGUGAUGGAGUGCCCCUGCCCCGCCCUCAGACCCUUCAGAAGCUGAAGGUGCCCAUCAUUGACUCAGAAGUCUGCAAACGCUUGUACUGGCGGGGUGCAGGGCAAGAGGCCAUCACUGAGGACAUGCUGUGUGCUGGUUACCUGGAAGGGGAGCGGGAUGCUUGUCUGGGCGAUUCUGGGGGUCCUCUGAUGUGCCAGAUGGGUGACUCCUGGCUACUGACAGGAAUUAUCAGCUGGGGAGAAGGCUGCGCGGAGCGCAACCGGCCCGGAGUCUACACCAGCCUCCUAGCUCACCGCCCCUGGGUGCAGAGGAUCGUGCAAGGGGUGCAGCUGCGCGGGCGCUUGGCAGACCGUGGGGACACCAGGAGCUCCUAAUUGGGAUCUGGAGAGCAGCCUCUUGCUGGUCUCUCGGCUGUAAAUAUGUCUUCUACCUCCGGGGGGCGCCAGUGGCCUGUAGGAAAAACUGGGAAGUCCCGGCCCCGCCCACAGCGAGGCCCCGCCCCUCAAUUGAGGACUGUGUGUGUGUGUGUGUGUGUGUGUUUGUUUUUUUACAGUUAUUUGUAACCAUGCCACAUAUUUAUUCCAGUUUCAAUAAAUUAUUUA